AUGAAUGAUGACAAUUCAGAUGACAAGGCAGAAAAUGAAUCACAACCCUUAUUUAUCAGCGAUAAAAAUGGAAAUACAUAUCCAUACAACCCAAAAUCACCACUUACACAAAAUUCUGCAACUAUUGUGAACUGGAAUUCUGCCAACACAGAUGACAUGGUGGUUGAUUAUGACAACACCUCUGCUAUAGACAAUGGUGAAAAUAUUUCUUUAAACCAUCAGUGUGUUAAAGCCCUUGACCAACAAAAAUCCUCCUCAAGUGAUUUCGUUAGUAAGGGAAUGUUAGAGACGCACAAAGAUUUCAUGUGUCAGACUCCUGCACAGGUCUUAAAUACAGAGAAACCCGAGUACCUGCCCAAUAAUUAUCAUUCCCUAGAAGUUCAGGACCAGAGUGUUGAGCCAUCGCUGCCUUUUGUGUGGAAGCCUAAUAAUGAUUUGAACUGUACAGGCCACACUUCUGCCUUGGAGCUAACCCAAACAUUUGACUUGAGAGAAGAUAAAGUUAACUGUACCUUUAUAGCACAUCAUGCCAUUGAUAAGAGUCCAUCUUUUCAUAUUCCUGAAAGUCUGCAACCAACUGGUGUGAAAUAUGGAAAUACAUUCUUAUCCUGCUCCACUCUGUCAUCUCUCCAUUCUGAUGAGAUGCAUGUGAGAGGAAAGAGUUAUUAUGGAGAGAGCUUACAAAACUCCCUAGCAACAUCAUCAGAGGCCCAGAAUACUACAUAUACAAUAUUUCCUGAUGUGGUGAUGCAAACUGAUGGUGCUGUUCCAGAUAUUGAAAAUCAAUGUCCAUGUUCUUCAAGAAAGGCCACCAGUGAGUACACAGAUGGGUCAGAGCAAAGCCUAGUUGGAGAACAAGAGAUACAAGCUCUAACACCAGUUUCUGAUGGCAUGGAUGUUCCCAAUGGGUCUGUAUUACAAGACUUCUUUUGUUUGUCCAAAGAUGAACCAAAUAGUGAGACACAUUCACAGAGCUCAUAUGGGCAAAAGGAAAUGGGCCAAAAUCUAAGAGAAACAGUGUCCAAUUGUCUUAUAGAUGAUGAAUGCCCAUUACUAGUGCCAGCUUUUGAUAAGAGUAAAAUCCAUGUACUAAACCCAGAGCAUAAAGUCACUGUGACUGAAGACACACAAAUUGUUUCCAAUGAAAAGGAUUUGGGAAACCAAAAUGGUACCAUAGAAUUGAUGCCAGGUACUCCUUUGGAACAAAAAGUGGAUUCCUCAUUUGGACUGUCUUGGAAUGCAAAUGAUAUGUUCACUAGUGUAAAUAACAUGUCCACACCAGUCCUAGAACCCACAAAUGCAACCUUUCCUAUUUCACCUGUUGAAGCAACAGUGAGCUGUAGUAAAGUAGAGAAGAGUAAUCAAGAGCUUAGACAUUUACUCAAUUUUAAGGAAACACCGCUGAGCAUAUCUAAAGCCAGUCUUGGGAAAUCAACAACCAAAACUAGUACCCUUAUAGGUAGCAAAGUUAGAAAAACUGAAAUUAUAAGUUACCCAAGACCUAACUUCAAGAAUGUGAAAGCAAAAGUUAUGUCUAGACAAGUGUUGCCACCCAAAGAUCCUGCUUUAUCAAAGGUCACAUCCAGAUCUCGGUUGACCAGUGCCCCAUCCCCCUCAUCAGUGUCUUCCUCUAGACAGUUGACAGCUGUGAGCAAAACACCAAGAUCCGACUUGAAUGCAGGCACAAAAGCAGAAAUCCUAAUUAACAAGACGCAUAAGCAACAAUUUAAUAAACUCAUUACUAACCAGGCUGUGCAUGUUACAACGCAUUCUAAAAAUGCUUCACACAAGGUUCCAAGAACAACUUCUCCCAUGAAAUCGAAUCAGGAUGAUGUUGACAAAGCAAGUUCUUCUAAUUCUGCAUGUGAGACUGGGUCCGUUGCUGUGUUUUUUCAGAAGAUCAAAGGCAUGCUGCCUGUUAAAAUGGAAAGCACGGCAUGUUUGGGAAUGGCAUAUGUUUCUAACAUUGAUCGGAUUAGCCCUGAAAAGAAGGGUGAAAAAGUAAAUGGGACACCUAUGGAAAAACAGGAGCUGAAGAGGGAUGUUUUGAAUGAAACCUUUGAAUAUGGUUCUCUCUUUUUGGGCUCUGCAUCAAAAACUGUAACCACUGCAGGUAGAAAUAUAUCCAAACCGGACUCUUCCAGCUUAUGGAAAACACCUGGUCCAAAAGCUAAAGUGGGGCCUUCUGUUUCCUGUCUAAGGCGAAAUACCGAUGGUCGAAAUCUCAGUUCUGAUCGAGCCUCAUGUUCUCAGAGGAUCAGGCGUGUAUCCAGUUCUGGGAAACCCACAUCCUUGAAAACGGCAGCACCAUCUUGGGUGAAUUUGCCUAGACCACUUCCUAAGUCAGCACUGUGGAGGACAGGAAGCACCUCCUCCAUUAUCAGCGCCCAAAGUGAGCUGAGCACUUACAGCAAUAAUUCUGGUAAUCCUGCCGUCAUCAAAUAUGAGGAAAAAACUCCAAAACCAACAUUUUCGAAUGGUUCCUCAGGAUCCUUAUAUGUGAAACCUUUGGUACCCAGAGGUCAUGUUCACUUAUUAAAAACUCCUCAAAAAGGUUCUUCAAGAAAAACUGCAUUUACAGCUUUCAAUACAGUUGAAAAGGGCAGGCAAAAGAAUCCCAGAAGUUUAUGCACCCAGACACAGACGUCUCCAGAUGUAUUGUCCACUGAAAAAACCAUUGAACUGGCUCAAUAUAAAACAAAAUGUGAAAACCAAAGUGGACUGAUCCUGCAGCUCAAACAGCUUCUAUCCUGUGGUAACACCAAGUUUGAAGCGUUAGUUGUUGUGAUUCAGCACCUACUAUCUGAGAGGGAGGAAGCACUGAAACAACACAAAACCCUAUCUCAAGAACUUGUUAACCUCCGGGGAGAGCUAGUCACCACUUCAACCACCUGUGAGAAUUUAGAAAAAGCCAGGAAUGAAAUACAAAUAGCUUAUGAAGGAUUUGUCCAGAAGCUAAACCAGCAGCACCAGACUGAUCUAACAGAACUAGAGAAUCGGCUUAAAGAAUUUUAUACUGGGGAGUGUGAAAAGCUUCAGAACAUUUACAUUGAAGAAGCAGAGAAGUAUAAAACCCAGUUGCAAGAGCAGUUUGACAACUUAAAUGCUGCCCAUGAAACUUCUAAGUUGGAGAUUGAAGCUAGCCAUUCAGAAAAAGUAGAAUUGCUAAAGAAGGCAUAUGAAACCUCCCUCUCAGAAAUCAAGAGAAGCCAUGAAAUGGAAAAGAAAUCACUUGAGGAUUUGCAUUAUGAGAAACAGGAUUCACUAGAGAAACAAAUCAACAAUCUGAAGAGUGAAAAUGAUACUUUAAAUGAAAAGUUGAAAUCAGAAGAGCAAAAAAGAAUAUCAAAAGAGAAAGCAAAUUUAAAAAACCCUCAGCUCAUGUAUCUGGAACAAGAAUUAGAAAGCUUGAAAGCGGUGCUAGAAAUCAAGAAUGAGAAACUACAUCAACAGGACAUCAAGUUAAUGAAAAUGGAAAAACUGGUGGACAACAACACAGCCCUGGUUGACAAACUGAAGCGAUUCCAGCAGGAAAAUGAGGAAUUAAAAGCUCGGAUGGAUAAGCACAUGGCAAUUUCAAGACAACUUUCCACCGAGCAGGCUGUUCUCCAGGAGUCGCUGGAGAAGGAGUCGAAAGUCAAUAAGCGGCUGUCCAUGGAGAACGAGGAGCUGCUCUGGAAACUGCACAACGGGGACUUGUGCAGCCCCAAGAAGUCUCCCACGUCCUCAGCAAUCCCUUUUCAGUCGCCAAGAAAUUCUGGCUCCUUUCCCAGUCCCAACGUCUCGCCCAGAUGACGCUUUCUGGAAGCUGGGAGACUGCCUGGAAGCAUUUUGCUACAGGUCUGCA